GUCAAAUCGAAGUGAGCACUUUCUGGCAUAAGCGCUUUGAUCGAACUUGAGAAAAUACGAAAAAGGAAGGUCCGAGGAAGCAGAAAGUAGAACACUGCCACGUGGAAAGCUAUGAUUAAAAGGCACGAGUAAGCAUCGAACAGGGGCAGACAAUGGCAGGCAUGGCAUUGGUAGAGGGCAACCAUCCGAGCUCGGCUUCAUCGCAGGCCUUUUCUAGCCCCGUGCCGUCCCAGCAUGUUCGGCGUCCCUUAACUUCUCGCUCGGCUCUGCGGGCAAAAGCUCUCACCUCCUGUGUUUGAUCGAGCAUCUCUGGAUGCAUCUUUGCUCCAGUAGCAAUUCAUUUCAUGCAUCUAGCCUGCUGCGUGCACCUUGUUACCUCCCUUAUAUAAAUCUGGACGGUAUGUUUCUUUCUCUUCCACUCGCACUCGUCCCAUCCAAAGACCUCAGCUGCACUCCAAAGACCGCACACUGCUUUAAUGUCGCCCGCAAUCGUUCAGACCCAUUAUGCUCUCGGGACCCGCGACCAUCACCGCCAUUCUACUAUGGCUGCUUAUCUCUGGCUUGUAUGGUACCACGCCAGCUCAAAAAUGGCACCAAAGCACUGGGCUUUGGCUAUCACUUACGAAGUGAAUGAACGCGCUUAUGCGACCGUUUAUCAGAUGUUGGGAGAUGGCAGCGGCAUGGGCCAAUUCCAACCAAGCGUGGUCCGCCGCGUACAUCUUACUGGCACACACGGAGCCCAAUCAUACGAAGGGAAACUCUUGCUAGGCGAGGUUCCCGAUAGCGUGGUUGGCGCGAUGGAGAUGUACAGCGAGUCAGCCACUGACCUUGUCAACACAAAAAAUCGAAAGCGUGGAGUAGGGGAGUCAAAUUGCCAGGAUUGGACAAUGAUAAUUGUCCGAAGUUUAGAGGACGCGCAGCUGCUUCCGAAGGGGACGCUGGCGCGGGUGGAACGAAGUCCCCGAUUCGGAUGAAAGGCUGAUCCUCUUCGACUUCUUCGUGAUCGACCGCUUUCGUCUCUAAUUUAUCGGCAUCAGCUAUUUCAAUUUGCUACUCGAACUCGCUGUCUCUCAUGUUCUGUUCUUUCUUGGGUCUUAUGGCGGUUUCUGACAUUCUAGUAGGGCCUUCGGCCGAACCUUCAAUUGUACUACCACGCACUCUCCACCCGGUCUCUUACCGUACUUUCAGGUCAUAGAUUCUACGUAUACUUAGUAUAGUUAGCACGCUCCCGAAUGUAUUGGUACACGAUCAAACGCUGCCCGUGAUCGCUCUAGUCUGGAUGAAUGAAUGAAUGAAUGAAUGAAUGAAUGAAUG